UCUCCUUUCCAUGCAGUGUUAGCACUGCUCUGCUCCCGACAGCAUUGAGCUUCCAGGAGGCAGAGGAAAUGGAGCCAGGUGCUGGGGACCAGUCAAGCUCAGGGUCUGCUCCUGCCUCUGUGGCCCCCCAUCCAAGUAGAUUGCAGCUCCCAAUGAAGAGUGGCUCCCGCCAUGCCAGGCCUGUGCAACCUAUUGCCCCGGUGGAGAACAUCAAAGAAAUGCAGCAAAAGCUUAAGGAGGAGAGAGAGGCUAAACGAGCUCACCUGGAUGGCAGACAUGAUUAUAUCUUGGCUAUUGUUGCCUCCUGUGUGGAUGUGGACAAAACAGAGGUAGAAGAUUCUGUUCUGGAGGGUAACCAGAUUGAGCGCAUUGAUACAUUCUUGGCCGGUGGAGGUCUUCGUCAUAUCAUGUUCUUCUAUCAAGAAGUGGAGGCAGCUGAAACGGGUCAAUUUGGGAUACCUGGAGCAGCAAUUACUUCUCACUUAGUAAGAAGCAAAAAACCAAAAGUGUUUGUGACGGAGGCAAAAGAUGUUGCUUUAACUGGUGUAUGCGUGUUCUUCAUUAGAUCCAGCCCUUCCAAAACCAUCACUACAGAGAAUAUCCAUCAGGAAGUGAACUUCAGUACGAUAGAUACUGCUCAAGGUGGCUUACUGAAAAGUGUGCAGCAUUUACUAUCCAACAUCUUCAUUCCAGCCCUCAAAACCAUGAAUCAUGGUGGGGAUGAGCUUGGUGGUUUUCAGCAAGCAGCUAAUAUUGGGCAGGACUUUGUUGGCUCUCUGGAGGGAUUUGUGAGUGCUUUAUCAGGUGCUCAGCAGAGUCUCAUGGAGAAGGUGAAUCUAACGGCAUGUGAAACAUAUGACUGGAAAACUUUGAAGGGACCUUCAGAUUACAUUGCUGUUGCUAACAGUACAGAAAGUCUAGAAAGAGUAGAAGACUGCAUGAAAGUAUGGAUCAAACAAAUUGAGCAGGUUCUUGCAGAAAAUGACCAAUUGAGGAAGGAGGCUGAUGACUUGGGACCACGAGCAGAGCUGGAUUACUGGAAGAAAAGAUUAUCCAAAUUCAACUACCUGUUGGACCAACUGAAGAGGUCAGAUGUGAAGGCAGUGCUGGGAGUUCUUACUGCUGCGAAGUCCAGACUUUUGAAGAGCUGGCGAGAGCUGGAUACUCGGAUCACUAAUGCAGCUAAUGAAGCCAAAGAUAAUGUGAAGUAUCUCUACACACUUGAAAAAUGUUGUGACCCCUUGUAUAACCGUGACCCUGAAUCCAUGGUAGAGGCUAUUCCAGGACUCAUAAAUGCAAUAAAAAUGAUUCAUAACAUCUCACUCUACUACAAUACCUCUGAGAAGAUAACCUCUUUGUUUGUGAAGGUAACAAAUCAGAUGAUAACAGCAUGUAAAUCAUACAUGACAAAUGACAAUAGUGUCACCAUCUGGGAUCAACCUCAAGAUAUAGUUGUCGAAAAGAUUCAAGCAACUAUUCGACUUAAGCAGGAAUAUCAACAUUGCUUUCACAAGACAAAAGAAAACCUGGAACAAACUCCAUCUGAAAGACUAUUUGAUUUUAGUGAGAUGUACAUUUUCGGAAAAUUUGAAACCUUUCAUCGACGUCUCAUGAAGAUCACAAAUAUAUUCAUUACCAUUACAACCUACUCAGUUCUACGGAACUCAAAGAUAGAAGGACUGGAAGUUAUGGCCACAAAGUAUGAGAGCAUUGUUGACACCAUAAAGAGAAAACCAUAUAACUUUUUAGACCAACGUGAGACUGAUUUUGAUGAGGACUAUGAAGAAUUCUGCAAACAGACCAGUGACCUUCAUAAUCACUUGAAGGCUUUCAUGGAUAUCACUUUUGAAAAGAUUACAAACACUGAAAGAGCUCUGGAUAUGCUGAAGAAAUUUGAAAGAUUAGGAAUCCCUAAUCUUGGUAUAGAUGAAAAAUACCAGGAUAUCCUUUUGAACUAUGGUCAUGAUGUAGAGAUGGUCUCUAAAUUGUACACCAAACAGAAAAAUGAUCCGCCUUUGGCUCGUAACCUGCCUCCAAUAGCUGGUAAGAUCUUGUGGGCACGCCAACUUUUCCACAGGAUCCGGGAACCAAUGGAUCUUUUCCAGCAGCAUCCUAAUAUCCUGCAGUCAGCUGAAGCCAAGCGCAUAAUCCGCAACUACAACAAAGUGGCAAAAGUCCUCUUGGAGUUUGAGGUUAUUUAUCACAGAGGAUGGAUGCAGCAGGUUGAAGUAAUUAAAGCUGGCCUUCAGGCAUCUCUGCUGGUAAAAGAGCCAGAGACAGGAGAAUUAUUUGUAAAUUUUGACCCUCAGAUAUUGACUCUACUUAGGGAGACGGAGUGUAUGGCUCAUAUGCAUCUUGAAAUCCCACCAUUUGCAAUUGCUCUUCAGCAAAAGCAAGACUCGUACAAGAAGAAAUAUAAUAAGGUGCAGAUGAUGCUAGUAGAAUACAAGAGAGUGAAGUCAAAAAUACAAUUGCCCAUUGAUCAACUAAUGGCUCCUCACUUAGCUAAUGUAGAUAAUGUUAUUCAUCCUGGCUUGACUUCACUGAACUGGACUUCUCUGAACAUUGAGAGAUACCUAAAUAAUAUUUUUGACAAAUUGGCUGAGCUGGAGCUUCUGCUUGAUAGAGUGAAUGAUUUGGUGAAGUUCCGCAUAGAUGUUGUUCUUCAAGAAAUGAGCAGUGUGCUGCUUUGUAAGCUGCCAGAAGGUGACCCACUUACAUGUGAAGAAUUUCUCCAAAUGACUAAGGAGCUCUGUGUUAGGGGGUCACAGACCUUGGAUUUAAAGAGCUCAUUGGUGGAGGAGGCAGCUAAUGAGCUGAUAAACGUGUUGUUGGAUACUGAGAUGCAAUCUAAAAGAGAAAACGAGAAAUCAACUCUGCCUCCAUUCACUGCUGAUUUGAAUGAAGGUGCAGUAGAGGAGGAAGGAAGACUGGACAAACUGGCUUCCUCCAAUACUUACGGUCAGAUUAGGUCUGGGCUUUCUCCUGUAGCGAAGAGGAAGGAGAUGGAAAUGUUAGAGGAAGAGGCCCAUGAAUUGCUUUCCCAUUUCAAUCACUGCAAUAUCGAUGCCCUGUUGAAGGUCACUCGAAACACUUUGGAGACGAUACGCAAACGCAUUCAUGCCGCAUCUAUGGUAAACUUCUUAGAUGAUGACAAUGUUUCUAAGCAGAAACAGAGUACUCGGCCAAUUUUUAGGACUAGCAUCACCCUAUCUAUCCCAAACAUCAUUAUGAUACCAACUUUGGAUGAGGUGCAGCAAACACUCAAUAAAGCUGUGGAUAGUAUUGUCAGUGUCAUGAAAGGCGUUGGACAAUGGAGUAAGGAGAGGAUGUCUAAGAAAAAGAUGCUAGAGAGGAAAAUAGCUGCUUUGCAGCAUGAUGGCAGAGACAGUGAUUCUGAUGAAGAAAUGAGAGAAACUGGAGUAAAAAAUGUAUAUGACGCAACAUCUGUAAACUUGCCUGUUUCAGUUCAAAGCUCAAACUAUUACAAGAGUGUUUCUGAGAACAAGGAAAUUAUUAAAUUGGUGUCUGUACUUAGUACUAUCAUCAAUUCUACCAAAAAGGAGGUUCUUACAGCUCUGGAGAGUUUUAAGUGCUAUCACCACAUCUGGCAAAAGGAUAAGGAGGAAGCAACUGAUCAGUUUAUGGAGGGGAACCCUUUACUGUCUGAACUUGAAUCCCAGAUCCUCUAUUUCAGAGACCUGGAGCUGGAGAUAAACUCUGAGCCUGAAUACAUUUGUGUGGGAGCUGUUGCACUCUACACUGCUGAUCUGAAAUUGGCACUGACUGCAGAAAUAAAGGCCUGGAUGACUGAGCUAGGACAUUACAGUAACAAAAAUUACAGGACUGAGAUGGAAAAUAUCUUCACAUUUGUAGAGGAAAUCAGCAAGAAACUAAAUCGCCAGAUAAAGGAUUUGGAUGACAUAAGAAUAGCUAUGGCUGCCUUAAAGGAGAUAAGAGAGCUGCAGAUCCAUAUAGACUUUCAAGUGGGACCUAUUGAGGAAUCUUACGCCAUGUUAAACAAAUAUCAGCUGCUGGUGGCAAAGGAAGAGAUGGAAAAGGUGGACACUUUGCGCUAUGUCUGGGAGAAACUGCUGGUCCGGGGCAAUGAAGUGCAGAAUGAGCUAGUAGCUUUGCAGCCCAAAUUCCGGGGUGAGCUUAUUAGCACUGUGGAGACUUUCAUUGAAGACUGUGACCAAUUUUAUGCAGAUUAUGACAAGAAUGGACCAAUGGUAGUAGGUUUGGAGCCCCAGGAAGCCAAUGACAGGCUGAUCAUGUUCCAGAACAGAUUUGAGAACCUCUUCCGAAAAUAUAUAACUUAUACAGGUGGAGAAGAGCUCUUUGGUUUGCCUGUCACACAGUAUCCUCAGCUACUUGAGAUAAAGAAGCAGCUGAACUUGCUACGGAAACUGUACAGCCUGUAUAAUAGUGUCAUUGACACUGUCAAUGGCUAUUAUGAUAUUCUUUGGUCAGAAGUGAAUAUUGAGAAAAUCAACAAUGAACUUCUAGAAUUUCAAAAUGGAUGUCAUAAGCUUCCUCGAGCUUUGAAGGAAUGGCAGGCAUUUCUGGACCUAAAGAAGACGAUUGAUGAUUUCAGUGAGUGCUGUCCAUUGCUUGAGCUAAUGUCUAAUAAAGCAAUGAUGGCUCGACACUGGAAGCGAAUUACAGAUCUUACUGAACAGAGUUUUGACGUAGAAAGUGAGAGCUUCAAACUGAGGAAUAUCAUGGAAGCACCUCUGCUGAAAUACAAAGAAGAGAUAGAGGAUAUCUGCAUUAGUGCUGUAAAGGAGAGGGACAUAGAGCAAAAGCUAAAACAAGUGAUUGUUGAGUGGGACAACAAAAUAUUCACCUUUGCCAACUUUAAAGCCCGUGGUGAACUGCUCUUAAGAGGAGACAGCACUUCAGAAACAAUUGCUAGCAUGGAGGAUAGUCUGAUGAUUCUGGGUUCUCUCAUGAGCAACAGGUACAACACACCAUUCAAGGCACAGAUUCAAAAAUGGGUAUACUACCUUUCCAACACAACAGACGUAAUUGAAAACUGGAUGACAGUUCAGAACUUGUGGAUUUACUUGGAGGCUGUUUUUGUAGGAAGUGACAUUGCAAAGCAGCUUCCAAAGGAAGCCAAGCGUUUUUCCAACAUAGAUAAAUCAUGGGUGAAGAUAAUGACACGGGCCCACGAGACAAUGAAUGUGGUACAGUGCUGUGUGGGAGAUGAAACCAUGGGACAACUGCUGCCACACUUACUAGAGCAGCUAGAAAUCUGUCAAAAGUCACUUACAGGGUAUCUGGAGAAAAAACGACUCCUUUUUCCUCGUUUCUUCUUUGUAUCUGACCCUGCUCUUUUGGAAAUUCUUGGCCAGGCCUCAGACUCUCACACAAUACAGGCCCACCUGCUCAAUGUGUUUGACAACAUUAAAACAGUCAGGUUCCAUGAAAAGGUAUAUGAUCGUAUUCUGUUGAUUUGCUCUCGAGAGGGUGAGGAAAUUGAGUUGGAUAAACCCGUAAUGGCUGAAGGUAAUGUGGAAGUUUGGCUCAAUUCCCUUUUGAAGGAAUCCCAGUCCUCAUUACAUCAUGUAAUUUGCCAGGCAGCCACAAAUAUUCAGGAAACUGGAUUUCAAUUAAUAGAAUUCCUCUCUACUUUUCCAGCCCAGGUUGGGUUACUGGGAAUCCAAAUGAUUUGGACAAGGGACUCAGAAGAAGCUUUGUCUAAUGCCCGGUAUGAUAAAAAAAUAAUGCAGAAGACAAACCAGUUUUUCUUGGACCUACUUAACACUCUGAUAGACAUGACAACAAAAGACCUUAGUUCAGUUGAACGAAUUAAAUACGAGACACUAAUCACUAUCCAUGUACACCAGAGGGACAUCUUUGAUGAUUUAUGCCGUCUGCAUGUCAAGAGCCCCACAGACUUUGAAUGGCUGAAACAAUGCAGAUUUUACUUUAGUGAAGACUCAGAUAAGAUGGUCAUAAAGAUCACUGAUGUGGGCUUUACAUACCAGAAUGAAUUCUUAGGCUGUACUGACAGACUUGUCAUAACACCACUCACAGACAGAUGUUAUAUUACUUUGGCUCAAGCCUUGGGGAUGAGCAUGGGCGGAGCACCUGCUGGGCCAGCAGGAACAGGGAAGACCGAAACUACCAAAGACAUGGGAAGGUGCCUUGGUAAAUAUGUUGUGGUCUUCAACUGUUCAGACCAGAUGGAUUUCCGAGGACUAGGGAGAAUUUUCAAAGGUCUUGCUCAGUCUGGCUCAUGGGGCUGCUUCGAUGAAUUCAAUCGUAUUGAUUUACCAGUAUUAUCAGUAGCUGCACAGCAAAUUGCGAUCGUGUUGACUUGUAAGAAGGAACGUAAAAAGAGUUUUAUUUUCACUGAUGGAGAUAAUGUGGAAAUGAAUUCUGAAUUUGGAAUCUUUCUAACUAUGAACCCAGGAUAUGCUGGACGACAAGAGCUGCCUGAAAACCUGAAGAUAAAUUUCCGUUCAGUAGCAAUGAUGGUUCCUGAUCGUCAGAUUAUAAUACGGGUCAAGAUGGCUAGCUGUGGUUUUAUUAAUAACAUUGUACUGGCAAGGAAAUUCUUCACUCUGUACAAACUGUGUGAGGAGCAAUUAUCUAAGCAGGUUCAUUAUGACUUUGGUUUGAGGAAUAUUUUGUCAGUACUGCGUACACUAGGAGCAGCAAAAAGAGCAAACCCCACUGAUACAGAAUCUACUAUUGUCAUGCGAAUAUUGAGAGACAUGAACCUUUCUAAACUUAUUGAUGAAGAUGAACCAUUAUUUUUAAGCCUGAUGGAGGAUCUGUUCCCAGGCAUUCAACUUGAUAAAGCAGGUUAUCCAGAACUAGAAGCUGCUAUUAACAAACAGGUUGAAGAAGCUGGCCUAAUUUGUCAUCCUCCUUGGAAACUGAAAGUUAUCCAGCUGUUUGAAACGCAGAGAGUAAGGCAUGGAAUGAUGACCCUGGGGCCCAGUGGGGCAGGUAAAACAACUUGCAUCCACACACUAAUGAAAUCAAUAACAGAUUGUGGACAGCCACAUCGUGAAAUGAGAAUGAAUCCUAAAGCUAUCACAGCACCUCAGAUGUUCGGUCGCCUUGAUGUAGCAACCAAUGACUGGACCGAUGGAAUUUUCUCUACUUUAUGGAGAAAAACUUUGAGAGCUAAGAAAGGUGAGCACAUCUGGAUAAUUCUUGAUGGCCCUGUUGAUGCAAUUUGGAUUGAAAAUCUGAAUUCUGUACUGGAUGAUAACAAAACCCUCACGCUGGCUAAUGGAGACCGUAUUCCAAUGGCACCCAACUGUAAAAUAGUCUUUGAACCUCAUAAUAUUGACAAUGCUUCUCCAGCCACAGUGUCAAGGAAUGGCAUGGUUUUUAUGAGUUCAUCCAUUCUAAACUGGAGCCCUAUUCUAGAGGGCUUUCUGAAAAAACGUUCCCUGCAAGAAGCUGAAAUUCUACGCCGGCUGUACACUUCAUCUUUCCCAGACCUGUAUCACUUCAGUAUCCAGGCCUUGGAAUACAAAAUAGAGAUGCUGGAGGCCUUUGUGAUCAUGCAGAGUAUUAGUAUGCUGAAGGGGCUUAUUCCCCUGAAGGAGCAAGGAGGGGAGAUUACUUCAAAGCACUUGGAAAGGCUGUACAUCUUUUCCCUCAUGUGGAGUGUUGGAGCAUUACUGGAAUUGGAAGAUAGAUGCAAGAUGGAGCUCUGGCUUCGGAAUCACAGCACAAUACAACUUGAUCUCCCUCAUAUCCUGGAAGGCAGUGAAGAUACCAUGUUUGAUUACUAUGUGACUCCUGAUGGUAAAUGGAUGCAUUGGAAUAGUCGUGUUGAGGAAUACGUGUAUCCUGCUAACAGCACUCCAGAGUAUGGCUCAAUAUUAGUACCAAACAUCGACAAUGUGAGGACCGACUUCCUUAUUGAAACAGUAUCUAGGCAGGGCAAGGCUGUGCUACUAAUUGGUGAGCAAGGAACUGCUAAGACUGUUAUCAUCAAAGGAUUCAUGUCAAAAUAUAAUCCUGAAAGCCACAUGGCCAAGAGUCUGAACUUCUCAUCUGCAACUACCCCACUAAUGUUCCAGCGCACAAUAGAGAGUUAUGUGGACAAACGUAUGGGCACAACAUUUGGUCCUCCUGCUGGGAAGAAGAUGACUGUCUUCAUAGAUGAUGUCAAUAUGCCUGUAAUUAAUGAGUGGGGAGAUCAGGUCACCAAUGAGAUAGUCCGACAGCUGAUGGAACAGAAUGGAUUCUAUAACCUGGAGAAGCCUGGCGAGUUUACUAAUAUUGUGGAUAUCCAGCUCCUGGCUGCCAUGAUUCACCCUGGUGGAGGUCGCAAUGACAUCCCACAGAGACUCAAGAGACAAUUCUCCAUAUUCAACUGUACUCUGCCUUCUAAUUCCUCAAUUGACAAAAUCUUUGGCGUAAUUGGACUAGGGCAUUAUUGUAGUGAGCGGGGCUUCUCGGAAGAUGUGAGAAGAUCAGUAGCCAAACUGGUAUCACUGACACGUAGGUUAUGGCAAAUUACCAAAAUAAAAAUGCUGCCCACCCCUGCCAAAUUCCAUUAUGUCUUCAAUCUCAGAGAUCUGUCAAGGAUUUGGCAAGGAAUGCUGAAUACUAGCUCAGAAGUAAUCCAUGACUCAAAUGUGUUGAUAAAGUUGUGGAAGCAUGAAUGUAAGCAUGUUAUUGCUGAUCGUUUCACAACGCUAGAGGAUGUAAAAUGGUUUGAUACGUCUUUGGCAAAACUGGUUGAGGAGGAAUUUGGUGAAGAAAAAAAAGCAUUGGUGGAUUCAGGAGCUGAUGCUUACUUUGUUGACUUCCUAAGAGAUGGGCCAGAAGUAACAGGUGAAGAGCCAGAAGAAACUAACUUUAUGCCGAAAGUCUAUGAGCCAAUUGAAUCAUUAAAUCACCUAAAGGAUCGUUUAAAUACCUUGCUACAAAUAUACAACGAAAGCAUCCGUGGUGCAAGCAUGGACAUGGUAUUUUUUGAAGAUGCUAUGAUCCAUUUAGUUAAGAUUUCACGUGUGAUUCGUACCCCUCAUGGAAACGCGCUGUUGGUUGGAGUUGGUGGUUCUGGAAAGCAGAGCUUGACAAGGCUGGCAUCAUUCAUAGCAGGCUAUGAAACCUUCCAGAUCACUUUAACAAGAUCAUAUAACUCUUCAAACCUGAUGGAAGACCUUAAACUCUUAUACAGGACAGCAGGACAACAUGGAAAAGGCAUCAGCUUCAUUUUUACAGACAAUGAGCUCAAAGAUGAGGCUUUCUUGGAAUAUCUGAAUAAUGUUUUAUCAUCUGGAGAGGUCUCAAAUUUAUUUGCCCAUGAUGAAAUUGAUGAGAUCACUAGUGACCUCAUACCUGCCAUGAAAAAAGAGCACCCACGGCGACUUCCAACCAAUGAGAAUUUGUAUGACUAUUUCAUGACUAGGGUCCGCCAGAACCUUCAUGCAGUACUCUGCUUUUCCCCAGUAGGAGAAAAAUUCAGGAACCGAGCCCUGAGGUUUCCCGCUCUUAUUUCUGGCUGUACCAUAGACUGGUUUAGCCGAUGGCCUAAGGAUGCUUUGGUUGCAGUAUCACAACACUUCCUGUCUGCUUAUGAAGUUGACUGCUCUGUUGAAACCAAGAAGGAGGUGGUGCAGUGUAUGGGCUCAUUCCAGGAUGGGGUAGCAGAGAAGUGCGUGGACUACUUCCAAAGAUACAGACGUUCUACCCAUGUGACUCCAAAAUCCUACCUAUCUUUUAUUCAGGGAUAUAAAGCUGUAUACAAAGAAAAACACUCUGAGGUGCAGACAUUGGCUAACAGAAUGAAUACAGGACUGGAGAAAUUGAAGGAGGCAUCUGAAUCUGUGGCUGCAUUAAGCCAAGAACUGGAGAUUAAAGAAAAGGAGCUUCAGGUUGCUAAUGAAAAAGCUGACAUGGUUUUGAAAGAAGUCACUGCGAAAGCGCAAGCUGCUGAAAAGGUGAAAGCAGAAGUACAGAAAGUGAAAGAUAAAGCCCAGACUAUUGUUGACAGCAUCUCAGCAGAUAAAGCCAUUGCUGAAGAAAAACUAGAGGCUGCAAAACCUGCCUUAGAAGAGGCAGAGGCAGCUUUACAGACAAUAAAGCCUGCAGACAUAGCCACUGUCCGUACGCUGGGUCGACCUCCACACCUCAUCAUGCGUAUCAUGGAUUGCGUGCUACUGCUGUUCCACAGGAAAGUGAACAGUGUGAAAGUGGAUCAAGAGAGAAACUGUACUAUCCCAUCCUGGCAGGAAUCCCUGAAACUUAUGACAGCAGGCAACUUCUUACAGAAUCUGCAGCAAUUUCCAAAAGAUACUAUCAAUGAAGAGGUAGUAGAGCUUUUAAACCCCUACUUUGAAAUGAUAGACUACAACAUUGAAACUGCAAAGCGAGUGUGUGGGAAUGUGGCUGGCCUCUGCUCAUGGACCAAAGCUAUGGCAGCAUUUUUUGCUAUCAACAAGGAAGUAUUACCCUUAAAAGCUAAUUUGGCAGUUCAGGAGAAUCGCCUUGCUACUGCCAUGGUGGAUCUGCAGAAAGCCCAAGCAGAGUUGGAUGCCAAGCAAGCUGAACUAGAUAUUGUGCAGGCAGAGUAUGAAAAAGCCAUGAGGGAAAAACAGACUUUGAUUGAAGAUGCAGAACGUUGCAGACAUAAGAUGCAAACAGCCUCCAGUCUUAUAAGUGGUCUAGCAGGUGAAAAAGAGAGAUGGACUGAACAGAGUAAAGAAUUUGCUGCAGAAACCAAAAGGCUUGUGGGGGAUGUGUUAUUGGCUACAGCUUUCCUAUCCUACUCUGGCCCUUUUAAUCAACAGUUUCGCAACCUGUUACUAAAUGACUGGCAAAAGGAAAUGAAAACCCGGAAAAUCCCAUUUGGCAACAUCCUGAACCUUACAGGGAUGUUAAUUGAUGCUCCAACUGUCAGUGAAUGGAACCUACAAGGAUUGCCAAAUGAUGACUUGUCCAUACAGAAUGGGAUUAUUGUAACUAAAGCAUCUCGAUAUCCUUUGUUAAUUGAUCCACAAACUCAGGGCAAAAUCUGGAUUAGGAAUAAGGAAACCAAAAAUGAACUUCAGAUCACAUCCCUGAAUCACAAGUACUUCAGAAACCACUUAGAAGACAGCCUGUCUCUUGGAAGGCCACUGCUGAUUGAAGAUGUUGGGGAAGAGCUUGAUCCAGCAUUAGAUAAUAUUUUGGAGAAAAACUUCAUCAAAACAGGUUCCACAUACAAGGUAAAAGUUGGUGAUAAAGAAACAGAUAUCAUGAAUGGCUUCAGACUUUACAUCACCACCAAGCUACCAAAUCCAGCAUACACUCCUGAAAUAAGUGCUCGCACCUCCAUCAUUGAUUUUACUGUGACUAUGAAAGGUCUUGAAGAUCAACUCCUGGGCCGAGUCAUUCUCAUGGAGAAACAGGAACUAGAAAAAGAGAGAACAGGUCUUAUGGAAGACGUGACUGCCAACAAGAGGAAGAUGAAGGAGCUGGAAGAUAAUCUGCUGUACAGAUUGACCAGCACACAGGGUUCUCUGGUAGAAGAUGAGAAUUUGAUUAUAGUAUUGAGUAACACUAAGAAGACUGCUGAGGAGGUUACACACAAACUGCAGAUUUCUGCUGAGACAGAAAUCCAGAUCAACUCAGCCCGUGAGGAGUACAGACCUGUUGCAACAAGAGGAAGCAUCCUGUAUUUCCUUAUAACAGAGAUGAGCAUGGUCAAUGUCAUGUAUCAGACUUCACUUCGGCAAUUUUUGGGGCUCUUUGACCGUUCCCUAGUUAGGUCUGUCAGGAGCCCCAUAACAAGCAAGAGAAUUGUUAACAUCAUUGAACAUAUGACCUAUGAAGUGUAUAAAUAUGCCGCCCGAGGACUUUAUGAGGAGCACAAGUUUCUAUUCACCCUACUACUUACCUUGAAGAUAGACAUACAGAGAAACAGGGUGAAGCAUGAAGAGUUCUUGACACUUAUUAAAGGUGGUGCUUCUCUGGAUCUUAAAGCUUGCCCUCCUAAACCAUCAAAAUGGAUUCUGGAUAUGACUUGGCUAAACUUAGUGGAACUCAGCAAGCUUAAACAGUUCUCUGGCAUUCUUGAUCAAAUUUCAAGAACUGAAAAACAAUGGAAAAUUUGGUUUGAUAAGGAGCAUCCUGAGGAAGAACUUGUUCCUAGUGGCUAUGAUCAGUCUCUAGAUUGUUUCAGGCAUCUUCUCCUUAUUAGGUCCUGGUGUCCUGAUAGAACCAUAGCUCAGGCCAGAAAGUAUAUAAUUGAUGCUAUGGGUGAGAAAUAUGCAGAAGGUGUCAUUCUGGACUUGGAGAAGACUUGGGAAGAAUCUGAUCCACAAACACCUCUCAUCUGCUUUCUUUCUAUGGGAUCUGAUCCUACUGACUCAAUCAUUGCUUUGGGGAAAAGAUUGAAGACAGAGACACGUUGUGUUUCAAUGGGCCAAGGGCAAGAGGUCCAUGCACGCAAACUGCUUCAGCAGAUGAUGGCACAUGGAGGAUGGGCACUACUGCAAAACUGUCACCUGGGACUUGACUUUUUGGAUGAGUUGAUGGAUACUAUUAUUGAAACAGAGACUGUCCACGAGGGCUUCCGUUUGUGGAUGACCACUGAGGUUCAUAAGCAGUUCCCCAUUACCCUUCUUCAGAUGUCCAUUAAAUUCACCAAUGAACCUCCUCAGGGGCUCAAAGCUGGGCUGAAGAGAACCUAUGGUGGUGUAAGUCAGGACCUCCUGGAUGUCAGUAACAUGGUGCAGUGGAAACCCAUGUUGUAUGCUGUUGGUUUCCUACACUCCACUGUUCAAGAAAGGCGCAAAUUUGGACCUCUAGGUUGGAACAUCCCCUAUGAGUUCAAUCAAGCUGACUUCAAUGCCACUGUGCAGUUUAUCCAGAACCAUUUAGAUGAUAUGGACAUAAAGAAGGGCGUCUCCUGGAACACUGUCCGCUACAUGAUAGGGGAGAUCCAGUAUGGAGGCAGAGUGACAGAUGAUUAUGAUAAAAGAUUGCUCAACACACUUGCUAAAGUCUGGUUCAGUGAAAACAUGUUCAGCCAAGACUUCUGCUUUUACAAAGGGUAUAGUAUACCCAAAUGUACUACCGUUGAUCAGUACCUUCAAUACAUACAGAGCCUCCCUGCUUAUGAUACUCCAGAGGUGUUUGGUCUGCAUCCCAAUGCUGAUAUCACUUACCAAAGCAAGCUCGCCAAGGAUGUAUUGGACACUAUCCUCAGUAUUCAGCCAAAAGACAGCUCUAGUAACGGAGGAGGUGAAACCAGGGAGGCAGUGGUGGCAAGACUGGCUGAUGAUAUGCUGAUGAAGCUUCCUGGUGAUUAUGCACCAUUUGAAGUGAAAGAGAGACUGCAGAAGAUGGGACCUUUUCAACCUAUGAACAUCUUCUUGCGGCAGGAGAUAGAUCGAAUGCAGAAAGUGAUCACCUUGGUGCGAAGCACUCUGACCGAUCUAAACUUGGCCAUUGAUGGAACAAUCAUAAUGAGUGAAAAUCUGAGGGAUGCCCUGGAUUGCAUGUAUGAUGCAAGGAUUCCUGCCCGUUGGAAGAAGGCAUCCUGGGCAUCCAGCACUUUGGGUUUCUGGUUUACUGAACUUCUGGAAAGAAACCGCCAGUUUUACUGCUGGAUUUUUGAGGGUCGACCAAACUGCUUCUGGAUGACAGGGUUUUUUAAUCCUCAAGGAUUUUUGACAGCAAUGAGACAGGAAAUAACUCGAGCCAACAAGGGGUGGGCAUUGGACAGUGUAGCCCUGUGCAAUGAAGUCACCAAAUGGAUGAAGGAUGAUGUUACAACCCCUCCUCCUGAGGGUGUCUAUGUAUAUGGUCUGUAUCUGGAAGGUGCUGGCUGGGACAGGAGAAGCUUAAAACUAGUUGAAUCCAAGCCCAAGGUGCUCUUUGAAAUAAUGCCUAUCAUAAGGAUAUAUGCAGAGAAUAACACUUCAAAAGAUCCACAUCUGUACUCCUGUCCAGUCUACAAAAAAACACUUCGAACAGAUCUGAAUUACAUUGCUGCUGUGGACCUUAGAAGCCUCCAGCCCCCGGAACACUGGAUACUGCGUGGGGUUGCACUUCUAUGUGAUGUCAAGUAAUUUCAAAACAAGUUACACAUUUGAUUCUAUGUUUAUCUCCAAAAUGUUAUAUUCCUCAAGAAAGUGUAUUUUUCUGUAUGUAACUAAGCAUUUGUGACAAAUUAAUUGUAUCAUAAAUGUAUGGGCUUCUUUUUAUAGUCAUGCUUUUUGAUUUCAUUCUGUUUGUAUAUCUCUCUAACUCUGUGGGCUAAAAAAUGUAUGGUGGGAUACUAAAAGAUAAACCUGAUAGGACUGGAUGGCCUAAGGGAUAGAGAUCAUUCCCCAUUUUCACCUCUGAGACUUGUUUUCACUAUCAAGCUAAGAUCUUGUUAUUGAGUACUGUUGCAUGUAUGUCACUUUGCCCUAACUGGAAAGCAUAGAUAGCUAUAUUAUUCUCCAAGAGUAUAACUGAGUAGAAUGCAUAUAAUUUGAACCAGCUGAUAGUGUUGAAGUUUCAUUCAUGAGUGCUGGCAAUAUACCACAGUUAACUUCCUUCACCAAAUCAGAAUCAUAUACUCACGUGUAACAGUUUUGCAAUAUGACUAGAUUCUACACCAAGAAUUGGUUAUUAUAGUGCAAUUAUAAUGGAUUGUUGUGAGUCCAAAUAUAGCUUGAUCCAGCAGAUGUAAACACAGUGCAAUUUUUUUUUGCCCCCUCAUCCUCUCCCACCUCCAUAUCCCCGGCUCUUCUGAAGAAAGAAAGGCUAACAUUAGAACAAUAUGGUAUCUAGGAAUUCUCUUUAGUAAAGAAGUCUUAAUAUCUCUUCUGCCACAUGUAUUUCACAAGGGCUUAAAGGGAAAUGUUAUGUGGUUAACACUAUAAUGGCCUCCAAUAGUUUUGCAUACCAUUUGCUAAGUUUCACCUGGAUUCAUCAUCCAUGUUUGUCUUUCUCUCUUUCUUCAGCCAAAGCACCAUGGUCUUUUCGAAGUUUUAACCUUUAAUCUACUUUAGAAACUAUUCACAUUGAGAGGUGGCUGCACAAAGAAAUAUGGACUAUGCCAUCCAGUUGUAUUUUGCUGAUUUCAUGUGUUGAACACUUCUGUUCAUUAGCACAGAAUUCCUAGACCUUUGCUUCUGAAGUGGGUAGGUUGUGUCAGGGAACCUGCCAAUAGUUCAAGAUUGCAGGUGGCAGACUCAUGCUACAGAAAUGUAGCUUAAGCUCUUAGAAUAUCAGGAGAUCAAUACGGCAUGGUGGAUCUGCUGCAUGGAAGCACUAAGGGGGCAGAAAAAAUGUUACUUACUUCAAGGCAAAUAAAUUGUUUAUAGGAUUUUUGUUCUUAUUUUUGUUCCAGUAAAUAAAUUGUUUGAUUAAUAAAAUAUAGAUAUAAAUAAUU